AACCAAUAUAUUUCGUUUGAAAUGAUACCUAUCAGAAGUAUCAGCCAUCCAAUAGUAUUUGGUCUGAGAUUGACUGGAAUUUGGCCAAAAUCAUCCUAUGAAAUUAUUGUUCGAUUUAUAUGGGUUAUUAUUAUGAUGUGUGCACAAAUAUUUCAAUAUCGAUAUAUAUUAAAUCACAUUGAUUUUGAUAAUUUGGCAGAUUUAAUUGAUAGCAUAAGCACUACUUUGCCGUAUAGUCUAUUGUGUUUUAAAUUAAUUAAUUUUUGGACUAAACGCGAAAUAUUUAAAAAUAUAUUAAUAGGCAUGUAUCAUGAUUGGACUAAUGCUUUCGCUGCCGAUUUUACUGUAGAUGAUAUGAUAAAAAAAACCGAACUCGCAUAUUAUUGUUCAAAUUUAAUUAUGGGUAUAUACGCUACUGCUGUUUUUAUGUAUGUCGGUGUAUUUCUGGAAUUAAAUCAUCAUGAUCAAGGAAAUCGAUCUAAUUUAUCAUCAGAAUUAUUAAUAAAAAUGGAUCUUCCUUUUACAUAUGAUGAAAGUCCAAUAUAUGAGUAUGUAUUUAUCGUACAAUUUAUUCAACUAUUUUUUAUAGCAUCUGGUAUUGCUGUGUUAGACGCCUUAAUAAUAACAUUGAUAUUUCAUACUGGCGGGCAAAUAGAAAUAUUGCAUAAGACUUUGAAAAAUAUUUCUAUCAAGGAUGAAAAACCCGAAUCAUCCAGAAUUAUCAUUAAAUCUUUAAUUGAUAGACAUUAUCGGAUUAUUGUUGGUUCCGAAUAUAUUGAAAGUUUAUUCUCAUAUAUUGCUUUAUUGCAAUUAAUAUGUAAUACUGUCAUUAUAUGUUGUAUAGGAUUUUUAAUAGUAGUUGCGCUUAAUUCAAAUUUAAAAUUACUUAUAAGAAUAUCAUUCUUUUACAUUGCUAUUACCUUGGAAGCUUUUAUUUUUUCCAUUGCUGGAGAAUAUCUUAGUAAUAAAAGUCUGUCAGUUAGUACUUCAGCUUAUGAAUCACCUUGGUAUUUAUUAAAUCCUAAGAACAGAGGUAUAAUGAUUCUUCUUAUGGUAAGAUCACAAAAACGAUUAACAAUUACUGCUGGAAAAUUUAUGGAUUUAUCUAUGCAAGGCUUCGCAAAUGUCUUAAAGGCUUCAGCAUCAUACAUAUCAAUAUUAUAUGCAAUGUAUUAA